AUGGAUGAUAAAGAGCAAGACGAAGAGAAAGAGUUGACCAUCCAUGAAGUGGUAGAUAGAUUGCUUACAGAGGACCUUCCUCACCUGAAUAAAACCAGGACAUUAAUUUUUACUCUGAGUGCAGAUGCUCGUUCUGUCAUUGAGCAUGAUCUUAAGAGUUCAGAAGGUACUAAAUCAUCAUUGGGUGCCAUAAUUAGAAGUCGUACCUCCAUCAGUGUAUUAUUUUUGAAUAAGUUACAAUAUUUAUACAUGUAUCUGAUGAAGUUUGAAGCUGUCAAUGAGCAGAAUACGAUUGAAUACAAUUCCUUCGUCAUAUAUGGAUUGGAUUCACUCAUUGAGCAAAUGGUUGCAAACGAGAGAAGUGAAAAUGCACAAGAAAGAAUUAAUGUGGAGCAAUUAAGGAUUGCUAAUCUUAUCUUUAAUACCUUAUUUCGUAUAAAAAGGAAGCUUGAUAUGAAAAACAUAAUAAUUACGUAUCUGAACCCCCAAAGUUUCCUAAUACACGAUUUGCGAAGAUUGCAGAAAUAUUGGGAAGAUAUUUGUUAA